AUGAUGCAACUUCUGCAGCUUCUUCUGGGGCUUUUGGGGCCAGGUGGCUACUUGUUCCUUUCAGGGGAUUGCCAGGAGGUGAGCGUUGUCACUGUAAAAUACCAAGUGUCAGAGGAAGUACCAUCCGGUACGGUGAUAGGGAAGCUGCCCCAGGAUCUGGGCUGGGAGGAGAGGGAUGGGCUAAUGAGGACUGCCUUCCAGGUCUUGCAGCUGUCUCAAGGGCUCCCCAUCCAGGUGGGCUCUGAGGACGGCUUGCUUAGCACAGGGAGGCGGCUGGACAGAGAGCAGCUCUGCCGGCAGCAGGACCCCUGUCUGAUUUCCUUCGACGUGCUUGCUGGAGGGUAUUUUGCUCUGAUCCACGUUGAGAUCCAGGUGCUAGACAUCAAUGACCACCAGCCUCAGUUUCCCAAAGGCAAGCAGGAGCUAGAAAUCUCUGAGAGUGCCUCUCUACACACCCGGAUUCCUCUGGACAGGGCUGUUGACCCAGACACCGGCCCCAACACACUGCACACAUACAGCCUGUCUCCCAGUGAGCACUUCACCCUGGAGGUCAUCGUGGGGCCUGAUGAGACCAAAUAUGCAGAACUUGUGGUGGUGAAGGAGUUGGACCGGGAAGUCCAUUCAUUUUUUGAUCUGGUGUUAACGGCCUUUGACAAUGGGGAUCCCCCCAAGUCAGGCACCAGCUUGGUCAAGGUCAACGUCCUGGACUCCAAUGACAAUAGCCCUGUGUUUUCUGAGAGCUCUCUGGCACUAGAAAUCCAAGAAGAUGCUGCCCCUGGGACUCCCCUCAUAAACUUGACUGCCACAGACCCUGACCAAGGUCCCAAUGGAGAGGUGGAGUUUUUCCUCAGCAAGCACAUGCCUCCAGAGGUCCUAGAAACUUUCAGUAUUGAUGCUAAGACAGGCCAAGUCCGUCUGCAUGGACCUCUUGACUAUGAAAAGAAUCCUGCCUAUGAGGUGGAUGUCCAGGCGAGAGACCUAGGGCCCAAUCCCAUCCCAGCCCACUGCAAAGUCCUCAUCAAGAUUCUAGAUGUCAAUGACAAUGCUCCAAGCAUCCAUGUCACAUGGGCCUCCCAGUCACCACUGGUGUCAGAAGCUCUUCCCAAGGAUAGUUUCAUUGCCCUCAUCAUGGCAAAAGACUCGGACUCAGGAAACAACGGCCUGGUCCACUGUUGGCUCAGCCAAAAGCUGGGCCACUUCAGGCUGAAAAAGACCAACGGCAACACUUAUAUGUUACUAACCAAUGCCACACUGGACAGAGAAAAGUGGCCCAAAUAUACCCUCACUCUGCUGGCCCAAGAUCAAGGGCCCCAGCCCCUAUUAACCGAGGAACAGCUGAGCAUUCAGAUCAGUGAUGCCAAUGACAACGCACCUGUGUUUGAGAGGAGCAGGUAUGAGGUGUCCAUUUGGGAAAACAAUCUACCCUUUCUUCACCUCAUCACCAUCAAGGCUCAUGACAUAGACUUGGGUGUCAAUGGACAGAUCUCCUACCGCAUCCAGGACUCCACAGUUUCUCACUUGGUAGCAAUUGACAUAAACACAGGAGAGGUCACUGCUCAGAGGACAUUGGACUAUGAACAGAUGGCCAGCUUUGAGGUCUGGGUGAUCGCAGAAGAUAGGGGCCAGCCUCAGCUUGCAUCCAGUGUCUCUAUGUGGGUCCACCUCCUGGAUGUCAAUGAUAAUGCCCCGGAAGUGGUUCAGCCUGUGCUGAGCAAUGGAAGGGCCAGCCUCUCAGUACUUGUAAAUGCCUCUACAGGCCACGUUCUGGUGCCCAUCGAGACUCCCAAUGGCUUGGGUCCAACACAUGCUGCUACACCAACACCAGUUCUCCAAAACCCCCCACCAUUCCUUUUGGCAACUAUUGUGGCAAGAGACGCCGACUCGGGGGCAAAUGGAGAGCUCCUCUACAGCAUUCGGAGGGGUAACAAAGCUUCUCUCUUUGUCCUCAGUCCCGACCUGGGGCAGCUGUUCAUCAAUGUCACCAAUGCCAGCAGUCUCAUUGGGAGCGAGUGGGAGCUGGACAUAGUGGUAGAAGACCGUGGCAGCCCCUCCUUGCAAACCCAAGCCCAGCUGAGGGUCACGUUCAUCUCCAGUGUGGACUACCUGAGGGACUCGGGCCGUGAGCCCGGGGCUUUGAGUACGUCAGUGCUGACAGUGGUUUGCCUGGUUGUACUCUUGGCCAUCUUUGGAUUCAUCUUGGCUUUUAUCAUGUCCUUCUGCCGGACAGAGAAGAAAGACAACCGGGCCUACAACUGUCGGGAAGCUGAAUCCACCUACCGCCACCAGCCCAAGAGGCCCCAGAAGCACAUUCAGAAGGCAGACAUCCACAUUGUGCCUGUGCUCAGGGCCCAAGUAGAUGAACUUGAGGAAGUUGGACAGCCACACAAGGAUACAGGUAAGGAAACAAAUAUGAGCAAAGACUGGGACCCCUGCAUGCAGGCCCCAUUCCACCUCACGCCGACCUUGUACAGGACUCUUCGGAACCAAGGCAGCCUGGGAGCUCUGACUGAGAGCCAGGAAGUGCUGCAGGACACAGUCAACCUCCUUUUCAACCAUCCCAGGCAGAGGAAUGCCUCUCGGGAGAACCUGAACCUUCCUGAGUCCCAGCCCACAAUAGGCCAGCUACACUCAAGGCCUGUGAAGGCUGCGGACAGUCCUAUAGGGAGACUGCCCAGAGACCAGGGCAUCAGUGAGGCCCCGGUGAGCCCAGCAGCCUCGUCCGCAACCCUGAGGAGGAAGCGGAAUCUCAAUGGCAAAGUGGACCCUGAGAAAGAGUCGGGGCCCCGUCAGAUCCUGCGGAGCCUUGUCCGGCUGUCUGUGGCUGCCUUCGCAGAGCGGAACCCUGUGGAAGAGCUGGCCGUGGAUUCUCCACCUGUUCAGCAAAUUUCCCAGCUGCUGUCCUUGCUGCAUCAGGGCCAAUUCCAGCCCAAACCAAACCACCGGGGAAAUAAGUACUCGGCCAGGCCCGGAGGCGGCAGGAGUACAAUGCCAGAUGUAGAUGGCCCAGGUGCCAGAGUUGGUGGCCAGGCAGAAUUGGACCAGGAAGAAAGUCUCUUGGACCCUGAGGAAGACCUGUCUGUGAAGCAGCUGCUAGAAGAAGAGCUGUCAAGCCUCCUGGACCCACACACAGGCCUGGCCCUGGACCGGCUCAGCGUCCCUGACCCAGCCUGGAUGGCGAGGCUGUCACUGCCCCUCACGACCAACUACCGCGACAACGUGUGCUCCCCGGACCUGGAGGCCUCGGAGGAGCCUCGGACUUUCCAGACGUUCGGGAAGGCGGCAGGGCCCGAGCUGAGCCCCGCGGGCACGCAGCUGGCCAGCACCUUCGUUUCGGAGAUGAGCUCACUGCUAGAGAUGUUGCUGGCGCAGCGCUCCAGCGUGGUGCCCGUGGAGGCCGCCUCCGAGGUGCUGCGGCGGCUCUCAGUCUGCGGCAGGACCCUCAGUCUGGACCUGGCCACCAGCGGGGCUUCGGACGCCGGCAACCAGGCGGGGACAGGUGGAAAAGACGCCGCAGGCAGGCCUGGCGGCAGCAGCAGAUGCCUAUGA